CAAGCAUAUGAUAAUAUAGAAUGUGCAUUAAUUAGAGGACAUUCUUUCCUAAUUUUGGUGUAGGAUCCUUGCGCUAUCAAUUUUAAUCUAGUGUUUUAUUUUUCUGUGUGAAAAAUCUUCAGCUAGCCACAUAAGAUCAAAUCGGAAAUGGAAUUGGAUUGUGAUUGAAUUUCAAACUAGAAUACACACACUUUAAAAGGUCUAAAUGGGAUGUGAUUGCAUGUCGGGCUGUAAAAGAUGUCACACAAAAUGGGAGACUACGAUAGAGGGUCUUUUCGGCAAACUCGCAGAACGAAUUUCAGAUUAUCCGGUUCCGAUAAUGGUUUCAUGUAUCAUUGUAAACUUGUUGUUUAUCAUUGGAAUACUUGGAAUGAAAGUAGAAAAUGACAUAGAAAAACUUUACACACCGAUUGACAGUCAAGCAAUACAGGAUCGAGCUACUAUACAGAAUUUGUAUGGAGACCCGACAGACAGAUAUUUUCGAUCGUACCAACUUAGUGAUUUUGGACUUUAUGGAGGUGUUAUGAUCCUUUCAAAAAACAUGAGUGACAUAAAAACACAAGCUUAUGUGGACGAAAUAAACAAUAUUCACAGUAUAAUAAGUGCCAUAACCGUUGAUAAUAAAACAUAUGCAGACUUAGCCCCUGGAUCAGAUCCUUUUGAGGGAAUAUCUGGUUCCGUGAUAUUAUCACAGCCAUUUCAAGACAAUUUUAUUAUCAAUAAUAUCACAUAUCCUAUGUUUGGCACGAGUCUUUUAUCUCCUUUUCUUGCCCAGGCCGUUUCAGAAAGCGGAAAAUUGACCUCUGCUGUUGGUGUUAAGCUACAAUAUUACCUGCAACAAAACAAUGCAACCGUCACUCAGCUAUCAAAGACAUGGGAAACAGCUUUCAUAUCGAAAAUGGGAAGUAUAAAGACAAACUUAACACAGAUUGCUUACGUUUACUCAGAUUCCAUUGAAACAGAAUUAAAUAAGAAUAUAAAUAGUGAUAUAAUAUUGUUUGCUGUUACAUUUACACUUAUGAUGACAUACGCGAAUUUCGCCCUAUUAAGUACAAAUUGUAACAACGUAGCUAAUCGUAUGAACUUGGGCUUUGCUGGCGUACUUGCACCCGUAUUAGCCAUUGCUUCAGCCUUUGGAUUUGUCAGCGCUAUAGGAGUGGAAUUCACGAACAUCGUCGGCGUCAUGCCAUUUUUAGUUGUCGGUAUUGGAAUCGAUGAUAUGUUCAUCCUCAUGUCCGGAAUGGCAGACGCUCCAUCUCUGUCCGAACAAUCCGACAACCGUGAUAUAAAGAAGAGGAUGAUAUUCAUGAUGAAGAAAAGUGGCAUUGCAAUAACUAUCACGUCAUUAACAGACUUUCUGGCUUUUGCUAUUGGAUAUUCGUCUGUCUUCAAAAGUAUACAAAAUUUCUGUAUUUAUACAGGUGUUUCUGUGUUGUUUUGUUACCUGAACCAGCUUUUCUUCCUCAGUCCGGCUAUAAGGAUUAAUGAGGAAAGAACUAUGGAGAACAGGCACUACUGUUUGUGCAGUAAAGUUGUCAAACCAAAAGAAGAGUACGCAAAUAAAUCUAUGUGCUUUUUGAACUGUAUUUCUGGGUAUAUCCCUCAAAGAAGAAGUGAUGUAGAAAGUCUUCUGGAAAGAUACCCCAAAAAGUUUAUACUUUUAAUUCUAAAUAAUAUUUUUGGGGAAAUCUUCAUUGUUUUGAUAUUCUUGGCUUAUUUGGGUUCUUCGAUUUAUGGGUGUAUACAUCUUCAGCAAGGCUUACAGCUUUUCAAUUUAGCUUCAAAAGAUUCUUACUUUUACAAGUAUAGUUUAUGGGACGAACAGUAUUACACCACAGAACCAAUGAUUAUGAUCUGUGUGACACAGAUACAAGACUAUCACAGGAAUGACACACAAAACCUUAUAAAUUCUGUCUUAUAUAAAACUAAAUUGGACAAUUACAUUGAUGACAACAUUGAGAUAAAUUGGCUCGAAAAUUACAAAAAAUAUCCAUCAUAUGAUGACACUUCCGAAUCAAAUUUUGCUAUUGGUCUUGCUCAGUUUUUAGCAUCUCCUUUUGGACAAUCUUUUACAAAUGACGUAGUUCUGGAUAAUUCAAGCUUGAAAAUACUGUCAUCCAGAUUUUAUUUAAAGGCGAAGAAUAUGAAAACAUCGGAUGAGCAAGGAGAUUUUAUGACACGCAUGCGAAAAAUAACGGACAACACUGGACUUCCUUGCAUAAUUUAUACCCCAGCCUUUGUAUAUUUUGAACAAUACGUUCAAGUUUUACCCAGUACUUUACAAACUGUGGGUAUUGCUGUGGUUGUUAUGCUCUUUGUGACUUUUAUAUUCAUGCCAGAUUUUCGAAUAGUAUUAAUUGUAAGUAUAACUCUAAUUAGUAUCCUUGCUGGAAUAUUUGGAUUCAUGUUCUACUGGGAUCUCACUUUGAGUUCUAUUACCAUGAUCCAUCUGGUCAUGAGUGUUGGUUUUUCUGUAGAUUUUAGCGUUCAUAUCUGCCAUGCAUUUUUUUCUGUGGAAGGGAAAGUUCCAAAAGAAAUUUUAGAAAAGGCUAUGGACCGUGCUGGUGGCCCAAUCGUUAAUGCUGCAUUUUCAACACUUUUGGGAAUAUUAAUGCUAGCAUUUUCCAGUAGUUACAUUUUUGUUUCGUUUGGUAAGCUAAUGUUCCUGGUUAUUUCCUUUGGUCUUUUACAUGGUUCUUUCUUUCUUCCAUUACUAUUAUAUACUUUGAAAGCAUGCAAAUUAUACAAGGCAAAAGUAAGUGAAGCAAAGAAUGGUAAAAUACACACCCCAGAACCUAUUCCUGCCAUCUCACAGAAUGGAUCGUUUACAGACAUUGGGAAAAGGUCAUUAUCCUCCCAAGAGUUUCAAGUACCGAAACUACAACCUUAUUCAUCCUCACAACAAAGACGGUCGUGUCCGAAUAUACACAACGAAGUUAGCAGGACUACAGGGUUCAGUAAUGGACGCUUGGGAAAAACAACUUAUAUAGGCGAUGGUUUUAUGAUGUACCAAUAUUAAUUUUUUUGUGUUUCUAUAAAGACAUAUAUAACCUCCUCAUUUUUAUAUGAAUCACAGAACACAUCAAAUUAAAACAGUAUAUAUCUUAAAAUGAAUCACUGUACAUUUCUAUGCAUUUUAAUUGGUAAAUAAGAUUCUGUAGUUAAAAAAAAAUUGAUUUGUCUUUCGAAUUUUCUUUUAAUAAUAUGAUAUACAGCAAUGCUUUUACUUGAA